GGGGAUCAUGUCUGGACCACCAUCAGUACAACGCCUCAUUUUGGAGGACUUUCUCAAUAGCUAUUUCAUGGAGCAUGCAGACCGCAUUCGGAACGAUGCCGACAACACUGUUUUGGUGGUUCCCAAAGAUGGGCCUGCAUCCGCUGAGAUGGUGGAAGUUCAUUGGCAAUUUGCACUUGGAUACUUCGCCAGCACUGGUAGCUGCAUGGUGCCAACGAUGAAGGCUCAUCAGGACUGUCUGAUCGUUUUGGCAAAACGCUACGGCAUCUUCCAGAAAGUCAAGGGGUAUGGCCGAACCUUGAAGGAUUGGGCUGUGAAGCAGGCUCCCCCUAUCAGAUGCCUCUUCGUUCAUGCCCUCCGGUUGUGUCGCCGUAGCAGCUCAUCGAAGUCUUUGAAGAUCAAGAUGCUGAAGGAAUCGAUGGAAGUCAUCAUUUCCGCGUCAGGUCUAUUUUUGAGGUGUCUACUUUUUACAACCCCUGUUGCAGGAGAAUCUCCACAUGAUGGCAUCGAAGCAGCUCUGGCGAAUGCGUCUUUGCAGGAUGGUGAUGAGCAGGAUGUAUCGACUCCGUCGUCGUGCAGUGCUACACCCCCUUCUGUAGUGAAGGCCAAAGCGGCUCCCAUGCGUCGCUACAAAGUGAAGGCUCCUCAGGCCCCAAACCCUGAUGAGAUGGAAACGCAACAGCUUGUUGAUGACUUGGAAAAGCUCAUGAAUGAUGACCUUAUGUGUGACGAUGCUACCCCAGAGGUGGCUGUGGAUCCCAAGGUGGAUGGUUACCGUCGUCAAGCUGCCAAGGAGAUGCAUUGCAUGGAAGCUAUUCCACCGGAGAUGCCCGACAAGACCGACCUUGAAAUGACUGAGCUCAUGGAGAACCCCCCUGAUGCUUACCAGGCACAGCUGGUGGCCGAGAAGGCAAAGAAGAUUCAGCAUGCAGAGCAGCUCCUGAAGAAUGCACAGAGUGAUGGGAAGGUGAAGAACAAGUUCUCGAAACCCGGUCGGGGGCGUGGAAAGGGUCGUGGGAGAGGCCGUGCUGUUGACAAUUCCGUGGCUGAUCCCAAACCUUCUGAACCUGCUGGUGAGAGCAAUGGGAAUGAUCCAACCCCUGAACCAGAAGGGGGAGGUUCCGGCUCUGGUGAGCCUGCUGGUGGGGACCCCAACAUUGAAGUGGCACCUAAAAAGGGGCGCAACCAUCUUACUCAGAGUGAAUUGCAAAAGAUGUGGUCUGAGAAGGCUCCCUUGCUUCGAGCGGCAGCUAUUCCUGUGCCUGCUGACUUUGACCCUACCAGCAAGAAGUCCUUCACAUUGCCCCCUCCAGAUGAUAAGAAAUGCGGGUCCGUAGGCAUUCUGUGGACGUUGGAUCAGAUCUACGUCUCAGCUGUGACCAACAAGGAAGCUGAUGAGUCCAUCCGGGUGAACAAGAAAGGAGGGUCGACGUUGUCAAUUCGAAAGAAGGGCUGGGCUGAAAACUUUACCUUAGCCAAGAAACUGGCAGGUUGGUGAAUUUGCCAGAGAAUGCUGUCACACCCUAGGGGUCCUCCACAUG